AUGAUCCACUGCGGGUCAGUCAUAGCCGCCGGUAUAUCCCAGGGUAAGAGUACGACGUUCCGCAAGGACUUCAAGAUUAUGCAAGAGUUUCGUGAGGACAGGGAGAAACGGGAUUUCGUGUCGGCAGGUGCUGCCGCCGGCGUAGCGGCCGCUUUCGGAGCACCGGUAGGGGGCGUACUAUUCUCCCUGGAGGAGGGCGCCUCCUUCUGGAACCAGACUCUCACGUGGCGUAUAUUUUUCUGCUCGAUGGUCAGCACCUUUACGCUCAACCUAAUCCUAUCGGCCUACCAUAAUCACCCUGGCCAGUUAUCCUACGCGGGUCUACUCAACUUCGGCCAAUUCACGGAACGGGACUUCAGCUACAACUUCGCCGAACUGCCCCUCUAUAUGGCUAUGGGUGCGUUCGGGGGGCUUAUGGGCGCCGCCUAUAACUACAUGAACUACAAGCUGACGGUGUUUCGCAUCCGAUACCUCCACCACCCGGUGCUCAAAGUGGUCGAGGCCGUAGUGGUAGCCAUGGCCACCGCGACGAUAGGCUUUCUCAUGAUAGUCUACAUCAACGACUGUCACGUGACGGUUAAGGAGAAUACCGUGGAGUACCCGAUACGGUACCGGUGCCAGGAGGGCGAGUACUCCGUGAUGGGCGCCCUGUGGUUCAACACACCGGAGGCGUCACUGAGAAACCUGUUUCAUAAUAUAGAGGGCACGUGGAGGCCGGCCUCCCUGGCCGUGUUUGUCGUCAUAUACUACCUGUUGUCGUGCUGGACCUACGGACUCAGUAUUAGCUCCGGGCUGUUCAUACCGGCGCUACUGGUGGGCGCCGCCUGGGGUCGACUCGUGGGCAUAGGACUGACCGCGAUUUUUCCCGGACAGGAGUGGGUAUCUCCCGGAAAGUUCGCGCUGAUAGGCGCCGCCGCCAACUUGGGAGGCAUAGUCCGGAUGACCAUCAGUCUGACUGUGAUAUUAAUCGAGGCCACCGGGAACCUGACGUUUGGUCUGCCCAUCAUGAUUACUCUGAUCACCGCCAAGUGGGUGGGCGACCAGUUCACGGAGGGUAUAUACGACAUACACAUACAGCUGUCUAGCAUACCGUUCCUCAAUUGGGAGCCACCCUUUGGCGCGAGUAAUAUAUACGCCUCGGAAGUCAUGUCGAGUCCGGUCACCACGUUUAGGACCACCGAAAAGGUGGGCGUAAUCAUCGACACACUGGAGUCUCAGUCGCACAACGGCUUCCCCGUCGUGGACACCAACACCGGCGGCUGCGGCGACUCGGGCCUAACAUUCAGCGCCGGUAUGCACGACAUGAACCAGUCGUAUAGCAUAGACUACGGACACGAGACCACAUUCGGACGCUUCCGGGGACUGGUAUUGCGAUGGCAGUUGAUAGUCAUGCUGAAGGAGCGCCUAUUCAAUGAGUACGAACAGGACUGGCACUCCUAUAACCUGCAGACCUUCCGGAACGCCUACCCUCGCUAUGAGACUAUAGAGGCGGUGGUGAAGGGUAUUACGGAUGAGGAACGGGAUUACACGAUAGAUAUCAGGCCUGUCAUGAAUCCCAGCGCCUACGCCGUGCAGCACACGGCAAGCCUGACCAGGAUUUUUAGGCUGUUCCGGGCCAUAGGGUUAAGACAUUUGGUGGUCACUAACGAUCGGAAUGAAGUGAUAGGUAUAGUCACCCGUAAGGACAUCGCGAGGUAUAGGAGCCACUGGAGGGCCGGGAAGUACAUGUGGCACGAGUUGCAGAUUAGCCAUAAUUAA